AUGAAUGAUUAGAAAAUGCCAAAAUGGCCGAUUCCUGUCGUUUUUCACUAGAUUUACUGAAGUAACAAUUUUGUUACUUUGUUUAUCAUAUGCAUAAUCGAAACAUUGAAAUUCGAUAAUUGUUAUUAUAGUGGAAUAUAGUCUUCAUAAAAAGGGACUUGCGUACCUGUAAGUUUCGGUAACGAUGAGUGAAAAUGCCAACACUGAAAGCACUUCAUCCGAAGCGGAGAAGCCGGCUGUUGUUACUGAUGCUAAGUUCCCGCCGUUCCCUGAACCUACAGAUCAAGACUUUGAAGAAGAUAUUUCAGAAGAAGAAAGAACUUUUUAUAAGUUAAAAUUUACAGAUUUAAAUGUAGUAAAACAUCAACGUCUCCAUUGCACUGCUUGUGAUCGCCAUUUGGGAUGUUCGGCUCGCAAUGAGUCUCGGAUGCGAGCUCAUCCUAUGCUCAGGACGCUCAUGUGUCAUACUUGUCAUACUUUUUACAAUAGUGGCGAGUUUGAGAAAGGCGAUGAUGGAUCAGAACUUUACUGUCGAUGGUGUGGACAAGGCGGUCAAGUAUAUUGCUGCUCUGACUGUCCACACGUAUUUUGUGCGAAAUGUAUCAAACGUAAUUUAGGUAUGCCUAAAAUAAAAGAAAUUGAAAGUGCAGAUGAUUGGAAAUGUUUUAAGUGUAACUCAAAAUGCCUUUGGGAUCUUCGAGCGUUGUGUUGGGCUCUUUUACGCUACUGUGAUCUGAAAAACAAAUUUACCUACAAUGCUCAAGACCCUAAUUUAAAAGAAGCUUAUCAGAAAGACUGUGCUACUGAUUUGUCAGAGUGUUGUAAACAUAAAGGAAAACUGCGAAAAUCAGAUGCUUCAAGAAAGCGAGAAGAUAAGAAAACUCCAGAUAAUGUAGUUAAAAAGAAUCCUGUUUCCCCAAUUCCUAAAAUGGCUCCUACCAUUCAGGUUAAAAAAUUUGCAUCAAUUAAUAUUGAUGAAUUAAAGUCUGAAAAGAAAGCUCCAAAACGACCAGUGAGCCCUAAAAAUAAACCAGUAAUUAUAAAAAAUCCAAUAGCUAUAGCACCUGCGCCUUGUCCGAAAUUAUUAAAUCCAAUGAGUAUUCCCCCACUAGCCAAGAAGAUGAAGGUAUGCAAUACUAAUAUAAUAUCACCAGUAAGAUUCAAUAAUGAAAGAAAACAAAUUAUCACAUAUCCACGAAUAAGACCCAGAGCGCCUCAAAUGUCAGUGCAGACUAUGAUAAAUAAUCAAUUCAAUGGUUUCAGUAGUAGCCACAACUACAACAACAUUGUUAAUGACAACAUUAAUUUGUCAUUGGAGAGUUUAACACAGGGUUUGGACAUGCAUGCUGUAGCUGCAUUGGCUAACAAUAAUACGUCUCAAGAUGAUGAUGUGGUGUGUACACCAGAUUUCCCCUUAGAGCCAUUAUGUGAGGUCACAGAAGACAACACAGAUGAUGAUGUCCAGUGUAUUACUCCAGGACCUGCACCAAUCCCACCUAAGGUUAAUAAUCCACCACCUCUGGUACCAUGUGCUGGUAAUCAAUCAGAUUUAACUUUGUCCUCGGAUAAUAUUAUACAAAUGACUGAAAAUGAUGUCACAGUAAAUGCCUCUACAGGAGGAUUGAAGUUCCGUGUUGACCCUCAAACUUUAUCGUCCAAUAAAAUGUAUCGCCUACCAGAUGGGCGCAUAUUUGCCAUUAAUGCUAAUCCAAAUAUGCCAGGAGGAUACUCUGCUACGAUAGUAGCGGUUACUGAAAAUGCGCCUGGUGCAAAGACGCUCUCCAAAACUCAAACAUACUCAGCCAAACUUAGUGCAGUUUCAACCUCUACAUUGAAUUCACAAACCUCAACGCCUUUACAAAAAUCUACUCGUCAAGGAAAUUCUCGUUUAACACAAUUUUCAAAACAAAAUACAUCAAAGUUUUCAAAAUUUAAAAAAUCUGUAGAUACACCUAGAGAGUGUGAUAUGCAAGUACCUGUUGAAUGGUAUCGAUACAAUUUAUUAGAUGCAGUUGAUGCUUUGGAAUAUUCACUGUCUAGAUUAAACAAAUUAAAAAAAGAGGCGACAUCAAUGUACCUUCGUACUAGAACUGUUGAUGAAAUGAAAAAUCUUCAUAGGUCUUUAGACCGAUUAUUGAACACAUCAUCUAGUCGGUUUAAUGAAAUUCGCGAAAAUUUAAAUAAGGAUUUGAAAAUUUACCUUUCGAAAAAAGCUGCCAAUAAUAUUAGUGAAGAUGACGAUGAUGUAGAAAUAUUACCUGAUAAUGAAAAUGAUGAUCCAAUUUUCAUUGAUGAAAAUUCCGUUGAUUCUAACGCGAAUUGUAAUGACGGUCAAGAAGUAGAUUUAACUGGAGCCGGCAGUAGCGAACAUAAUGAUAGUGCAGAAAAUAGAAAUGACACUAUUAUGGACACAAGCAAAGACCCUCUUAGUUUAAUUAAUAAGGAAAGUUUUGAUACUGAUAAUAAUACUUCUUCAGUUGAUGAUAUGAAUAAUAAAACUAAUGAAACUGUGAAUAAAAACCAAAACAAAAUAAAAGAUCGACAGAAUUUUGGUAACAGCGAUACUGCAGUAGGUCUAAUUCAAAAUGAAACUAAACAAAAAGAACAAAUUUGUGGAAAACUUCACAACUUAAACUGUGACGAAUCAAUGGAAACAGAUAAUGUGAGUGAAGAAUUGACUUGGCUUGAAAAAGAAGUUACUUCUGGUAAUCAGCAUAUAAAUAAUGAAAGUGAAUUAUUAAAUGAUAGUAGUAAGGAAAUUGAUGAAGAGGUGUUAGAUAUUAGUAAGUCUAAUGAAAAAAGGGGAAAUAUACAAGAUACUAAAUCAAAUGAGGUUAAAAAUGAAAACUCAAAAAUAUGUAAAGAAAAAGUUAAGGCAUCUCAAAAUAGUGGUGAGAAUAUUGAAAAUGUUGAAAUAAGGGACAAAAACCCAAAGACUGUGGAAAUUAAUGAGAAAAAUGUAGAUGAUACAGAAAUAUCUGAUGAAAAAAUACAAGAUGACGAAAUUAGUGAUGAAAAAUUUCAUGAUACUGAAAUGAGUGAUGAAAUGAUUGAAUCUUUAUUGAAAGACGAUAAUGGAAAGGAUGGUAUAGAUUGCACAUAGAAGAAUUACUGUGAAUAAAAUAGUGUUUUAAAAUUAUUGGUUUUUAAAGUAUCACAUCUAGUAGAAAGAAUGUAUAUGUAUAAAAAGUCUAUACACAUAGCUAUAACAUAGCUAUUUAAUACAUACCUAAACGUAAAAUAGUUUUAGUAUUUUGUAUUCUAUACUGAUUGUGCUGGUCAUUCUGUGCUGUGGCAUGCAUGUAAACAAUUUAUUAUAAUCAACAAUAUAAUUGUUACUUAGAUAUUAUAGUUUUGAGAUAAAAUGUUAUUAGCUAAGGAUUCUAAAAUAUGAUGCUUUGAGUACUUAAAAUUAUCGAAUCAGACAAAUGAUGAUAAUUUUGUAUUCAGAGGGUUUUAUUAUUUUGACUUUCAAUUUAAAAAUAUUUUCAAAUAAUGCAUUUACCAUUUAUUCUAUACAAAACAUCAGUGUCAUAAUGAAACAUUUUUUCUUAUGGGUCAUAAUAUCAUUAAGUAUAAUAAACAUUCAUUCAUUUAUAUCUCAACUUACGUUUACAAAUAUGUAACAAUGAAACCUUGUGGUAUUUAUUAAUUGCCGUUUGAAUUGUGUGAUAAUAUAGUAUCAAGAAAUUUAAUAUAUAUAGUUUUGUUAUUGAUUUCUUUGCAUAUAAUAAUGUUCUGUCUAUUCAAGUAUCUACUUCCAUGGUGUUUUGUUGUCCAACUACUUUAUUUUUAAGCCCAGACUGUAAUGCCUCACAAAAGGUUUUCCCGAGAGACUACAGCAUGGGGUUCUUCAAAAGGGGGGUAAAGAGG